GUUGUCGUAUGGUGCGGAUGACGCGCGGUGACGCCAUCGGGCCCCGACACACGGGCGGGAGGGGCGCGCGGGCGGCGCGUCAGCCGCCUGGGAGCCGUGGAGAGAGGGCGGGGAAAGGCGGCGGACUGAGAGGGAUCCCUGCGGGGCGGAAAGGUGGCGGCCGGAACAUGGCAGACCAGAUCCCUCUGUACCCGGUGCGCGGCGCGGCGGCCGGCCGCAAGCGCGCGGCCUACUACAGCGCGGCUGGUCCCGGGCCGGGGGCCGAGUGGCCCAGCAGGUACCAGCUGGAAGGUGAGUCUGCCCCUCUGGAUGAGAUGCCACUGAUGAUGUCGGAAGAAGGCUUUGAGGAUGAUGAAAGUGACUACCACACGUUACCCCGAGCCAGGGUCACUCGCAGGAGAAGAGGACUGGAGUGGUUGGUUUGUGGAGGAUGGAAGCUCCUGUGCACCAGUUGCUGUGAUUGGCUGGUGAAUAUUUGUCAAAGAAAGAGGGAACUGAAAGCGCGCACAGUGUGGCUCGGACAUCCCGAAAAGUGUGAAGAAAAACAUCCCAGAAAUUCUAUAAAAAAUCAAAAAUACAAUAUAUUUACCUUUAUACCUGGGGUUUUAUAUGAACAAUUCAAGUUUUUCUUGAAUCUCUAUUUUCUGGUAGUAUCCUGCUCACAGUUUGUACCAGCAUUGAAAAUAGGCUAUCUCUACACCUACUGGGCUCCUCUGGGAUUCGUCUUGGCUGUUACUAUCACACGGGAAGCAAUUGAUGAAUUUCGGCGUUUUCAGCGAGACAAGGAAGUGAAUUCACACCUGUACAGCAGGCUCACAGUAAGAGGUAAAGUGCAAGUUAAGAGUUCAGACAUACAAGUUGGAGACCUCAUCAUAGUGGAAAAGAAUCAAAGAAUUCCAUCAGACAUGGUAUUUCUUAGGACUUCAGAAAAAGCAGCUUGGACUGCCUGCCUUGCUGUUGAAAGCACUGCCAGCCUGCAUCGGGUCAGCAGCAGAGACCUUUUCUCUAUCAGUGCUUACGUUUAUGCUCCAAAGCCACAACUGGAUAUUCAUAGUUUUGAAGGCACAUUUACCAGGGAAGACAGUGAUCCGCCCAUUCAUGAAAGUCUCAGCAUAGAAAAUACGUUGUGGGCGAGCACUGUUGUUGCAUCAGGUACUGUAAUAGGUGUUGUCAUUUAUACUGGAAAAGAGACUCGAAGUGUAAUGAACACGUCCAAUGCAAAAAAUAAGGUUGGUUUGUUGGACCUUGAACUCAAUCAGCUGACCAAGGCGCUGUUUUUGGCCUUAGUUGCCCUCUCGGUCGUCAUGGUGACCGUACAGGGCUUUGCGGGCCCGUGGUACCGCAGCCUUUCCCGGUUCCUGCUGCUCUUCUCCUACAUCAUUCCUAUAAGUUUGCGUGUGAACUUGGAUAUGGGCAAAGCCGCGUAUGGGUGGAUGAUCAUGAAGGAUGACAGCAUCCCCGGCACGGUCGUCCGGACCAGCACCAUCCCGGAGGAGCUGGGGCGCCUGGUGUAUUUGCUGACUGACAAAACAGGGACCCUCACCCAGAACGAAAUGGUGUUCAAGCGGCUGCACCUGGGCACGGUGUCCUACGGGGCAGACACGAUGGACGAGAUCCGCAGCCACGUUGCCAGCGCCCCUUCCCAGGUGCAGUCUCAAGCCAGUGGAAGCAAUACCAGUUCCACACCACCAAGGACAGCCCAGUCUUCGGCUCCCAAACUUAGGAGAAGUGUUAGCAGUCGAGUACACGAAGCAGUGAAGGCCAUUGCACUGUGCCACAACGUGACGCCGGUGUAUGAGUCUCAAGCCAGUGUGGCCGGGGAGGCCGAGUGUGCAGAGGUGGACCGAGAUCUCAGCGAUGAGAACCGUGCCUACCAGGCCUCCAGCCCCGACGAGGUGGCCCUGGUGCAGUGGACAGAGAGCGUCGGCCUCACCCUGGUCAACAGAGACCUCACCUCCAUGCAGCUGAGGACCCCCAGCGGCCAGAUUCUGACCUACUGUGUGCUGCAGAUGUUCCCCUUCACCUCGGAGAGCAAGCGGAUGGGCGUCAUCGUCAGGGACGAGUCGACGGCAGAAAUCACCUUCUACAUGAAAGGUGCUGACGUCGCCAUGGCCACCAUCGUCCAGUAUAACGACUGGCUGGAGGAAGAGUGUGGAAACAUGGCCCGGGAAGGCCUGCGCACCCUCGUGGUCGCAAAGAGGGUGCUGACGGAAGACCAGUACCAGGACUUCGAGAGCCGGUACACUCAGGCCAAGCUGAGCGUCCACGACCGGGCACUCAAGGUCACGGCCGUGGUGGAAAGCCUGGAGCGGGAGAUGGAGCUGCUGUGCCUCACGGGGGUGGAGGACCAGCUGCAGGCCGACGUGAGGCCCACCCUCGAGACGCUGCGCAACGCUGGGAUCAAGAUAUGGAUGCUCACGGGCGAUAAACUCGAGACGGCCACCUGCAUCGCCAAAAGCUCACACCUGGUGUCCAGGACACAGGACGUCCACGUUUUCAGGCCAGUGACCAGCCGGGAAGAGGCCCACCUGGAGCUGAACUCGUUCCGCAGGAGGCAUGACUGCGCCCUGGUCAUCUCCGGGGACUCGCUGGAGGUCUGCCUGAAGUACUACGAGCUCGAGUUUGUGGAGCUGGCCUGCCAGUGCCCGGCCGUGGUCUGCUGCCGGUGCUCACCCACCCAGAAGGCCCGCAUCGUGACGCUGCUGCAGCAGCACGCCACGGGACGCACAUGCGCCAUCGGUGACGGAGGGAAUGACGUGAGCAUGAUCCAGGCGGCGGACUGCGGGGUCGGCAUCGAAGGGAAGGAGGGGAAGCAGGCAUCCCUGGCGGCAGACCUGUCCAUCACGCAGUUCAGGCACCUCGGCAGGCUGCUGAUGGUGCACGGGCGGAGCAGCUACAAGCGGUCUGCGGCGCUCGGCCAGUUCGUCAUGCACAGGGGCCUCAUCAUCUCCACGAUGCAGGCCGUGUUCUCCUCCGUCUUCUACUUCGCCUCGGUCCCUCUGUACCAGGGAUUCCUCAUGGUGGGGUAUGCGACUGUCUACACCAUGUUCCCCGUGUUCUCACUCGUGCUGGACCAAGACGUAAAGCCGGAGGUGGCGCUGCUCUAUCCCGAGCUCUACAAGGACCUUGCCAAGGGGCGAUCCUUGUCCUUCAAGACCUUCCUCAUCUGGGUUUUAAUCAGUAUUUACCAAGGAGGCGUCCUCAUGUACGGGGCCCUGCUGCUCUUCGAUUCUGAGUUCGUCCACGUCGUGGCCAUCUCUUUCACGGCCCUGGUCCUCACGGAGCUGCUGAUGGUGGCUCUGACCAUCCGGACCUGGCACUGGCUCAUGGCCGUGGCCGAGCUCCUCAGCCUGGGCUGCUACGUGGCCUCACUCGCCUUUCUCAACGAGUAUUUCGGCACAGGCGGACUGUCUUUUGGAGCUUUCCUAGACGUUGCCUUCAUCACAACCGUGACCUUCGUGUGGAAAGUGUCGGCCAUCACCGUGGUCAGCUGCCUCCCGCUCUACGUCCUCAAGUCCGUGAAGCGAAAGCUGUCCCCACCCAGCUACGCCAAGCUCACCUCCUAAGGGCCACACACCUCCGGCCCUCCGGGGCCAUCCUGUGGAUGCGGGAGGUCAGGAGGAAACAGGCCUGAGGACAGCGCCCCCAAGGACUGCCCUGGGGGCAGGCCCGCCUCCCCUGUCCUUAUCAUUUUUUCAAAACUUUAUUUCCAUAUUGAACCAGCUUGAGUUUCUACUGAAAACGAGCCCAAUUAUUUCACUGUUACCAUAACACUUUCAUCUUC